UACUAGGCCGAAGCAGACAACAGUUAUGUGGUUUCGGCUCCGGUCUCUUGAAUGACAGACUUAUUUCAGUAAGACGUUUGAAAAAUAAAAUACUGUCGUAACCAGUAUAGAGAAAAAUAUAUAUUUUUUCACGUUUAAGCCAUGUUAAGAAUAUAAUUGUCAAUAAUCUUCUUAGUUACGACAAUAUUCUUUGAAAGCACGACUGUACGAAGUGUCGUCAUCAGAUUCGAACGCCGCAUCAUAUAUUGACAGUGACAUUCUUGCGUGUGCUCCUCUUCUUCUUCUUCUUCGGCAAAUCAGCUGAUUUACCUGAAUCAUAAGAGUAUAGACAGGAUUAAGGAAGAGGAAGGUGGGCAACGUCUUGGUUAAGAAGAAGAAGAAGAGUUCGUGCAUUUUGUAAACAAAAAAGAAAUCGACUUUCUCCGUCACGCCCCCAAGACAGAAGAAGAAUGAGUUCUGCCAGUGGAAGGACGAGUGCUUCCGGUAAUUCAAAUGAUGUGAUAGAAGCAGUAGUCUGUCGCCAGGAUGAUUUACCAGAGGAAGGGAUGAAGUCCUUUGACAUUGAAGGGGGCAAAGUUUUGUUGGUUAAUCAGAAAGGAUUUUUAUCUGCAAUUGGUACAAAGUGCACUCAUUCUGGAGCACCUUUAGAAACAGGAGCCCUUUGUGAGGGUCGCAUCCGUUGUCCAUGGCACGGAGCUUGCUUUGAUGCUGUGACAGGUGAUAUUGAGGAUUACCCUGGUUUAGAUAGCCUACCAAAGUAUGAAGUUAAUGUAGAAGAUGGCAACGUCAAGGUACGAGCCAGUAGAGCUCUUUUGGCUGCCGAUAAACGUGUUAAACCUAUGGCUAAUCGGGAUCCUGAAAAUGAAACUACAUUUGUGAUUAUAGGUGGAGGAGCUGCUGGGGCAACUUGUAUAGAAAAGCUUAGGCAGGAAGGAUUUACUGGUCGCUUGGUCUUGGUGAGCCAAGAAAACUUGUUGCCGUAUAAUCGACCCAAGCUUUCUAAGGCCAUGGACCUAACAGCUGAUAAGAUUUCAUUACGUACGCAACAGUUUUAUGAGAGUGCUGAUAUUGAACUAAGAUUGGGGACAGCGGCUGUGAGUGUUGAUACAGUAUCUUCAAAGGUUCAGCUGAGUAAUAACGAAGAAUUGACCUUUGACAAGUUAUUUAUUGCCACAGGUGGAAAACCAAGAAGGUUAGGCGUUCCUGGAGGCUACUUGUCGGGUGUAUUUGUUGUCCGUUCGCCAGAUGAUGCCAAUGCAGUUGCCGCAGAUGCUGCUGGGAAGAAGGUUGUUGUAGUUGGGUCAUCUUUUAUAGGCAUGGAAGUAGCCUCGUACCUGGCAAGCAACGAUCAUGCAGAGUCGGUCACUGUUAUUGGCAGUACAUCAGUGCCUUAUGAAAACAGCCUUGGCGUGGAGGUGGGAGGUCGCAUCCAACAGUUGUUUGAAGAGCAAGGAGUGAAGUUCAUUACUGCCGGUGUAACAGAGAUAGUUGGUGAUGGAGGGAAGAUCACUGGGGUUUCUCUUGAUAAUGAAGAGACAAUUGAAGCUGAUAUGGUUGUCACUGGUGUUGGGGUGGUCCCUGAUACCGAUUUCCUCUCUGGCUCAGGCAUCACACGAAACGAACGUGGCUACGUUGAAGUAAAUGAGUUCCUGGAGACCAGUGUUCCAAAUAUAUACUGUGGUGGUGAUAUUGUCAGUUUCCCUCUUCUUCUUCACGAUGGAGCCCUUGUCUCGAUUGGUCACUGGCAGGUUGCUCUUGGCCAUGGAGCUUACGCUGCACGGAACAUGCUGGGUCAGGGUGUACCCCUUCGAUCUGUGCCAUUUUUCUGGACGGUGUUCUUUGGAAAGAGUUUGCGAUACACAGGCCACGGAAAGUACGAUGAAGUGAUCAUAACCGGUGACCUUGAAAACUUGUCCUUCAUGGCGUAUUACGUCGAGGGAGACCGUGUCGUGGCCUUGGCAACCCUAGGGAAGGAUCCCGCAGCAGCAAAGUAUGCCGAACUGCUCAACCAAGGACAGUUCCUAACAAAAAGUCAGGUAGAAGAAGAUGGUGAAGUUGCCUUGAAAUUAUAAGAGGCACUGUGUUAUUGUGCUUGUUUGAUGUGACCAUGUUCGUGCCUUUGUCGUAAGCCAUGUGCAUUUUCGUUGCCUCGUGUGAGAUUAUUUUGGAAAAUCGCCAAGUAUUUUUGUAGGUACAUAUCACAUAUUUUUUAAAAUUAAGGUCUUCAUAGUGGAUUACUGUACAGCACAUGGGCACCUGUAUGUCAAAUUAUUUCAAAUAAAUCAUAUCUGUCUUAUAUUUUGUAUCAAACAGAUUUGGAGCAACUUAAUGGAAAUGGAAUCUGAAUUAUAUUUUAUUCAAGAAUAUUAUAUUCUUCUGUACUUAAUUAAGCAAGACAAACACAGUAUAUUUAUAUAUAUUUUAUCAGACUUUCCAAUGUUGAUUUUGAAUCUUUAUGCCGACAAGCAUCGUAGAUUUAAAAGAGUGGUAAUGAUAAGUUUUUCAAAGAGUGUGUGAUAUUAAUUAUAAGCUUCACAAAGGACCAGGGAAUUUCUUUUUCUUGGUUGAGAGUCUUGUGGUACAGAAGUUUUACAAUGGACUACGAUCCUCUGAAUUAAUGUGCAUUUUACUUUCCAUCAUUCAUGUUUUCGUGAUAAUCUCAUGCUUCUGUUGUAGGUUUCUCCUAAAAGAUUUUCGGGAAAGAUAGAUUUCAGGUUCUGUGGCAUAGCUGUACUUAGCAGCUUGAUAGGUAACUAUCAAAACUCAUUUUCAUUAUGUGAUUUUUUCACAAUCUAGUGAAAAUAGCCUCUUGGUAGGCACAACCGGUUUUCUGAUGCGUUUUGUUACAUUGGAAUCUCUUAAGUGGUUAAUGUUAAUAAGUUUUUCUGUUAGAAUCUCUGUUGGUACCUAAGGUUACCUAGACCCUCUGAGUUUUAAUGUAGGGUCCUUUCCAUGAUGACCAUUCAUAUGACUGAAAUGUGUAUAGUGAACUUACUGGCGAUGCUCGUAGUACGUUACAGGGUGGACAGCCAAUGAUAUUAACUCCUGAGGUCGUCAAGAUAAUAGUGUUUUAAUGAUCAUAUUGUAUUUCCUUAUGUACUUAAUCUUAUGCGUACUUAUGACAUAAUAUGGUCAAGUAUGCUUUUCUCCUCAAAAUAAAAGGAACAGUAGAAGUUCCCAUCUUUUUGUUUAUUCAUUAAUUUAUUGUGUAUAUUUUACAGGGAAUAUCUCGUUGCAUAUCAGUCUUACAUUCCAGUAGUACUAAUUAUCCUUAUAAGGGAUGUAUACGAGUAGAGUACAGGCAAUCCCCGGGUUACGAUGGGGGUCCCGUUUUUGAGAUGUGUCGUAAGCCAAAAAUCAUCAUAAGCCGGAAUGUCGUCAAAGAUCCUAAGAAAACCUUACUUUUAAUGCUUUGGGUGCAUUCAAAACUAUGUACAUUGCAUUCUUAUUGCAUUUUUCAUCAAAAAAACCUUCAAAUAUUGAUUAUUUUGCAUAUUUGGUGUCGUAUUUCUUCUGCUAGACCAGCGUUGUAGGUGCCGUAACCCUGGAACAUGCGUCGUAACCCUAGAAAUAAUUUCUGAUGAAUAUAAUUGAAAAGCGCCUUUGCCUCAGAACGGCGUAAGCCGAACCCGUCGUAACCCAGGGAAUGCCUUAGUUGAUUACAAUGAAUGACUGUCUCAAAAUAGAAGCUGACAUAGUCUUGGAACUCCCAGGUAUUUAACUGUAGUUUUUGUGUCCCCUUAGGCUCUUGUAUGUCCUCUUAGGCUCUUGUAUUUUUAAUUCAAAACUGUUUUGUCAAGAAGAAAUAUUCAGGACUGUAUUUUUGGCCAGAAUUGUCUGUUAAAUUGCUCAACUCAAGGAAUUGCUCAUUUGAAGGAAAAGAGAUGAUCUUGCAUCAAAAAGCAAGAAACAGUUUUUGCAAUGCAGGAGAAACUUGGAACUUUUGACCUUUAAAAUAAGGAUAAAAUCUACCUCUCAUGAAUGUAGUGUUCAUACUUUUGCUUUUGCAUUUCAUUUCCUUCAGGUAUUUUAAAGAACUUUUUACCUGGGAAAAAGUAUUUGAUAUGUCUGGGUUUGUCUUUUAGAAAAGUGUCCCAAAUUUUCAGGUGGGUGAACUGCAAUUUCUUGAGAACAUGUUAUAAUAACUAAACUAUGGCCAUAGAUAUCCUGAUGUUGUUCAGAGACUAGCUGUUCGGCACUCUGAACCUAAACAGAAGGCUGUUGAAAGCAAUGUCAUGUAUGAUAUGAACAGCAAUUAAUGGAGCUUCAUUUUCAUGUUUAGUUUGUAUAAUUAUAAAUGAAAAGAUGAUUAAAACCCACUAUGUCAAGUGCACUUUUUAUUGAAAAUAUCGUAAAGGCAAAUAAAAAAUACGUUUGCCAAGUUAACAUAGUUCCAAAUAAGUUAUGCGUUUUUCUUAGCCAUUUUGUUACACUGGAGAGGGCCUUGCUAUUUCUGAUAUCUUUUUAUUCCGUGCCAUUUUUUUUAAAUGGAGGUAAUCAAAACAUUCUUUUCCUAACUUUCCUUUUGUGGGAGUGUACACAUUUUUGUCUUGAUGGUUUCCCUGCUUUUGUAUCUAAUUUUUUCCCCCAAUGCCUAGUUAAUCUUGAGAUAACCUUGGGCUCUAGUUACAGUUGUUAUAACCUAAUUCAUGGAUGCUGUAUUUAUUUAGCAUAGGAAAUUCUUAACCUAAUUAAUGGAUGCUGUAUUUAUUUAGCAUAGGAAAUUCUCUGUUAAGACUUGUUUGUUUCCAAAUCCAAAUUAGAAAUAUUUCUUUCUGCCACAAAAUGUUAUGUUCUUAUGAAGUAUGUUUUGUUGUAGAUGUAUUGGUCACAUCUGCUGCCGUAGUAAAGUAUUUUAGUAGUUUAUUUUCACAGCAUUAAAAACAUCUUUUGGUCCAUUUCAUGUUUUUUACAGCUUUAAAAAUCAAUCUUGGUUCAUCACACCAGUCUUGGUUUGUUUCAUGUGGUUUCUUCCCACUUAAAUGACCAGCUUUUUUAAACUCUUGAUCCAGUUUUCAUACAAUUUAAGGAACCAAAUCCUUUUGACAAGCUUAACAUGACCUUAGAAAUGUUACCUAUAGGUCUUGUUAAACUGCUCUACUAUUAUGAUAAUUGUUCACAAUAGUUUGUGCAAGUGGAGCUUUUCAUGGAUAUUUUACGAAAGGCACUACCUUGUCCCAGUACUGUGUUUUUAUGACUAUAUUAUUGCCUUAUAUGGAAUACCUUCACCCAGAGGCUCAGGUUUUGGGAGAGUGGAAUAUUUACAUUUUGAUUUAGUACUAUUAUGUGAAGAAGGAAUAUUUUAGGGGUCCACAAUAUUCCAGUAUUCAGUUUGUGUCUUUGGCUAUGUCGGUACUUAUGUCAGACUGCUUUAAUCUAAAGGCUCAGGUUAAUAAAAGUUGGAAUAUUUGUAUUUUGGCGUGUUUUGACAUGUGAAGGAAUAUGUCCAUAGUCCAUAUAGUACAGCUCUUACGUUUAACCUAUGGGUUCGUGGAUGAUUUAGUUUGAUUGUGCUCAAAUUUUAGGGGUUGGGAAGGUUGGAAUAUUUAUGUUUUGGUUUGUUACUUCCUUUGAGGAAAGGAUAGUUUAGUACAAUGCUAUAUACUAGUAGAGUUGCUUAUUAAUUUAUUGCUCUGUCAGUACAAUAGUCGGAACCUGUCUAGAGGCUCAAUUUUCAGAAGGUUGGAAUGGUUACAUGUAGGUUCCUCACUUUAUGUCCGGUAGGAAUGUUUCUGCGGUCCAUUACAGUACAGCGUUCAGUUUGUGUACCUGUGGCUUUGUCAGUCUUUUAUUAGAAUAUUUUUCUACUGAAGCUGAGGCUUUAUAAGGUUGGAAUACAAGGAAUUUGGUUUAUGUUACCUGUGGCUUUGUCAGUCAUUUAUUUAUUAAAAUAUUUUUCUAUUGAAGCUGAGACUUCUUAUGGUUGGAAUACAAGGAAUUUGGUUUAUAUUACAUGAAAAUGAAGGAUUUCAAUGGUCCAAAUAUGGUGCAGUAUUGUUUUUUGUUAAAGUUUUUGGUGCAUUUUGCAGUGCCACAAUUUCUUUAAAGGUUAUUAUAAUAUUUAGUGUGGUUCUAACAUUUUUAGUAAAGUACCUGGUAUAUGAUCUAUGCAUUUUCUCAAAGUAAUUUUUUUUUUACAUCUGACUAGAUUUUCUUUUGUUCUGUGAAACAUUGUUUAAUAAAGUGAUGAAUGUU